AUGAGAUAUCAAAAACGAUUUUACCUGCCCCCCUCCACUACCCCAUCCCACCUUGUCCCCACUCUCUCCCCUCACACCGAGUUGCUUCUCCUUCCAUCUUCCCUUGCUUCAACUCUCCCACCAACAUCCCCUAACCCCACCGAGUUUCAGCUGGACAGGGAGAAACGGGCGUGGGUAGAACAGGAGGUGGCGGAGAAUGGAGAGGAGUCACACGAAGCGAGACGGGGAGCUAUGCACCUGCACUGCGUGGGGUAUUGUGCUUGUGGGCACACAGCACAACCAGGAGGAGUCGCCGAGGCAGGAAGAGCAGCUGAGGUGAGCCAAGGAGGCAGCAGAGGCGGCAAGCGACACCAAGAGCAUCGUUUUGAGGAUUAUGGGGAACGAGAUAUGCACCCCGAUGCAUGCUCCAAGCAGUCCAAGAUCGACAGCCAGCGCCCUUCUGCCUUGCCACGAGUGUCAAGAGCAUCACAGCUCUGCUCUCGAACGAUCCUUUCUGUUAGAUUCUGCUCUCUCUUUGUUGCUGCAGCAGAGAAGGACCGUCAGGCCAAGCCAUCCGGGACUGCUGGGAUGCUGGGAGGCCAAUUCAACUGGGAUGCUUCGGCAGAUUUUUCCGCGUCGUGUGUCCAACAUGAUCAAGUUCACGCACACGGUAGUGACCCACCAGCUCCUGCACUGCACUGCACCCCGCCUGCUCUCCAAUUUCCACAUCGGCACUCCAGCCUGCCAUGGCUCUCG